GUGGCUCGAACAGUUUCCCUAAAUCGCGCGUCGCGGGGGUCGGAGUGAGCCGGGCCCGGUCCCCAUCAUAUCAGCACCAGGCGGAUCGAGUUUCCAGCACACAUAGCGGCGGGACAGACGCGGUCUGUUGGCUAGUCACCGGCUCGCGCCAGAGGAGGACGGAAUCUCCUGCCUUUCUGCGACUCAUCAACACUCGACUCAUCAAAAUGACGGGUAACAUGGCGACGAUAAGGCGGCUUGUAGGGGUGGACGUGUUUCUCGCGGUGUUGCUCUUGUUACAGGUUGGACUAACGCUCACGGAGCACCACCGGGACACGGCACGAGAGGCCAGGGCGCCUCAGCCGUUCCCCGUACCGGAGGACCCCAUCACUGUGACGCGGUCUCUCUGCAACAACGUCGACAAACCGGCGCUACAGAACAGGACGGCGGUGUUCGAAACUUCGGAUGGAUCCGGAUCCGUCGUUUUCAACCACAUCUACAACUUCCACACCAAGAAGUGCGAGGAUAAUAAUAAUAAUAACGCCGGCGUUAACGAUGCCCUCAAAGCUCUGUUGGAGUCUGUAGACGCCAUGGCUAAAUCGACGCGUAGCCUUCGGCAGGACAUUCGCAAGGCCCGGAAGGACUCAGCGUGCUGCGGUCGUCUGAAAGACGGACCAGGAGAGCUUGGAACCGACAAGUGUUCAUCAACCACAUCUCCAGAACCCAGUCCCACACCUGAAGGUUUCUUCCCCCGUGACUGCGCGCAGGUGCUGAGACAGGGGAACGGCCAGGCGCCCAGCGGAGUCUACACCCUGUACCACGCCGACAAGUCCUUCCGGGCCUACUGCGAUAUGGACACGGACGGGGGAGGCUGGAUCGUAAUUCAGCGCAGGACGGACGGAAAACAACGUUUCUAUCGGAACUGGAAGGCUUACAAGAGAGGGUUUGGGAAAUUGGAAAAGGAAUUCUGGCUAGGUAAUGACAUCAUCUACAAGCUGACCAACGCCCAGCAUAACGAGCUCCGAAUCGACCUGGAGGAUUUCGAGGGGGAGAAAACUUUCGCCAGGUACGAGAAGUUCCGCAUCGGCAACAUCGCCGACAACUUCCGACUGGAGGAGCUCGGCGACUACAGUGGCACUGCAGGGGAUUCUCUGAUAUACCACAAGGGCAUGGAAUGGUCCACACGGGAUGAGGACAACGACAACAGCUCGGAGCAGUGCGCUGUGGUCAACUACGGUGCGUGGUGGUACAACAGGUGUCGGGUGUCCAACCUGAACGGUCGCUAUGGAGACAACACCAAAGACGGCAUCAUCUGGAAGACGUGGAAGGGUGACGACUACUCCCUGAAGGCCACGGAGAUGAAAAUAAGACCCUUCUACUUCAAGUGACGUCCUACCGUAGCUGUUACUUGUGUAUAUUAGCAUAGUUAGUGUCUACUUUGGGAAGAUUUUCUUUUGUUUCGAGCAAGUUUCAAAUGUCUACAGUCGACAUGCAUCGGUGGUUGUUUCCCGAAGACGGUCAAUUGAUUGAUUGAUUGCAAUUUUCAAAACCAGUAUGAUAUUUCUACAACUUUUUUUUCAUAGUUUUGAAUUUUUUCACUCUUCUCCAUGUUGAUAGAAAUAAGUCUGCUUCGUUGGAAAUAUGUCAUUUAAGAGUACUUUAUAACAAUAAUGAUUUUAAAGAAAGGCCGCAAAGAUUGACCAUCGCCAAAGCCUUGAAGUGUUUGUGCAGAGUUGAAGAACUUUGUGCUAUUUUGAGUAUGUCGUUUCCAUUUAUGUCGUAUUUAUCUGGUGUUCAUUUGUAUAUACAGUAUUCAGCAGAUACAGAGUCCAUGUGUCAGCACACUUUUAUACUUACGUAUUCUCGUAGUCCGUAUCAUAGCAUAUGGCCAGUUAUUUGUAGUAUAACUAGUUACAACUAUUUGUUUUGCAUCCAAGAAUAAAUUCAUCGGAUUAGUAGAAUAUAGGAUAUUAAGGUUUCUCUUUCCACAACCUGCUUACGUUACGAAGUCUCUGUGACACCUUUUUCAGAGCUUCGGACUGGAGUUCUGCUUCUCGCUGCUAUAUGUAGCAAAUGUAGGUGGCGCUUUUGUGGCGAGAACAUUAUCCAGCAGGAGGCGGG